AUGGCUCACGAGCAGGAGAAUCUCACCGUCGGUCGCGGCGAGGAGGUGGUCACCGACGGAGAAGGCGAUCGCAGCUCGGUCGAGGCAAAGGAUGAUGCGGCCCUUCUGCGAACUAUGGGAUACAAGCCGGUCUUGCACCGGACAUACACUCUGUUCGAGAACUUUGCAACCACGUUCGCCGCGCUGUACUUUGUCGGUGGUGUGCGUGUCACGUUCAGUACCGGUAUCGCGGCGGGUGGAAACUUGGCCUACUGGACGAGUUACUUGGUGACCAUGGUGUUCACCUUCAUCACGGCUGCCGUCAUUGCGGAGGUGUGCUCGGCAUCACCGUCGGCCGGCUCCAUCUAUCUCUGGGCUGCCGAGGCUGGAGGUCCUCGAUUUGGCCGGUUACUUGGGUUCGUGGUGGCGUGGUGGAGUACUACUGCCUGGACGACAUUCUGUGCGAGUAACACGCAGGCCGCAGUCAACUAUAUGCUUGCCGAAAUCACUGUGUUCAACUUGGACUUUCCAUCUGACACAAGCGAUGUCAAGUUUCGCGCCGUUCAGUGGAUCUGUACCGAGGUCCUUCUUGCGCUGGCGGCUUUGUUGAAUUUCCUGCCCCCCCGAUACUUCAAGUAUGUCUUCUGGGUCUCUGCUGGAUUCGUCAUGCUCGACUUCUUUUUGAACCUCAUCUGGCUGCCCAUCGGGACGGCGCAGACGUGGGGAUUCCGGACUCCCCAUGAAGCCUUCAUGACUACUUACAACGGCACCGGGGCCCCUGACGGGUGGAACUGGUGUUUGUCAUACCUGGCCACGGCCGGUAUCCUCAUCGGCUUCGACGCCUCGGGCCAUGUGGCCGAAGAGACCAAGAAUGCCUCCGUCACUGCGGCGCGGGGCAUCUUUUGGAGUACCGUUGCCAGUGGCUUCGGCGGGUUGGCCACCAUCAUUCUGUUUCUCUUCUGCGCGCCGAGUGCGGACCAGCUGUUUGAGUUUGGCUCGCCGCAGCCCUUUGUUCCUCUCUACGCCGUUGUUCUCGGUCGAGGCGGGCAUAUCUUCAUGAACAUUGUCUGCAUUACGGCCCUGUGGUUGAACACCGCCAUUGCCAUCAUCGCGGCCUCCCGCCUGGUCUUUGCCGUUGCUCGAGACGGCGUCCUGCCUUUCUCCGGAUGGGUCUCGAAGGUCCACAAUGGCCAGCCCCGCAACGCCGUGAUUGUCGUCUGGGCCGUCGCGGCCCUGGUGACGUGCACCUUGUUGCCGUCGAGUGUGGCCUUCACCUCGCUGGUCUCCGCGGCCGGAGUCCCCAGCGCCGCAGCCUACGGGCUGAUCUGUCUGGGUCGUCUGUUCUGCACACCCAAGCGCUUCCCCAAGCCGCAAUGGAGUCUGGGACGAUGGAGCAAGCCCUUUCAAUUCAUCGGUGUCCUUUGGAACGGGUGGGUGGUGGCGAUAUUGUUUUCGCCCUACGCGUGGCCCGUAACUGGGGAGAAUCUCAACUAUGCCCCGAUCAUCAUGGCCGGCGUCACCAUCUUGGCGCUCAUCUCGUACUUUGUCAUGCCCGAGAGUGCUUGGCUCCCAUCCAGCCGCAUCACCCACUUUAUCGACAGCAAGGGUGUCGGCAGCGUCUCCGAGACGGUGGAGGAACUUCCUCCAUCCACGCAGCGUCUGUGA